AUGGCCACGCCCUCCCACACGCGAUUCGAGCACGACGACCCCCUGACGCUGAAUGAAUACGGCCUUCCCGAGCUGCGAUCUGCCCUCCACGCCGGACACAGCCCCGCCGCCAUGAUGGCUUCCUUUGCCGACUUCCCUAUGACAUUUGGCCAGAACCAAGCGCUCGCAUCCGGCUUUGACAGGCCGCAGCAGACCGUCAACACCAAGUUUCGGGACCACAGAGGCAGCGUAAGCAAUCUGAGCGACGAGAAUGUCAGCGGUGGCAGCGCGCAUCCACACCGGCUGAGCAUCGGCAGCGCCGGGAAUAUGGGCCAGGAUGGGAACCACACAAGCCCGGAAAGCGCAUCCGCGCUGGGAAUGCUGGGAAUCGGAGAUACACUUGGUGAUGGCUCGACAUUGAGCAUGCGGUUAGACGACAACAUGAACGGGGAACACACAGACGGAGGAUCCUCGAAGAAGGACAAGGGAGACGGCCUAGAUCCUCCCCCAUGGAGCGAAAUGAAGACCAAAGCUGGCAAGGAGAGGAAGAGGCUACCGCUCGCCUGUAUCGCCUGUCGGAGAAAGAAGAUCCGAUGUUCGGGCGAGAAGCCGGCCUGCAAGCACUGCCUACGAAGCAGGAUACCGACCGACUACAUGGCAAUGCUCGACAAGCGAUUAAAACGCAUGGAGGACCGAGUCAUCAAGCUCAUCCCAAAGGAAAGCCUACCAUCCAUUGCUGGAGUUGGGAGAUCGGUCGUCAAACCAGCCAUACCUGGAGCACCGCCGAAGACGCCAACCACGAAGAAACGGGCGGCUGAAGAGGCCUUCGGGAACGAUCUGGAUGAAUGGUCCAAAUCCAAGUCCGCCAACCCAGACGCGGCGGGAUCGGCGUCCCGAGCGAAAGAGUCCGACGACGCCAGCCUACUUACCGAAGGCGUAGAAAGCCUGCCGCCGAAAGAGAUCCAGGAGCAUCUCGCCGAGGUCUACUUCGACUACGUAUAUGGCCAGAGCUACCCGCUUCUGCACAAGCCGAGCUUCAUGAGGCGGUUAGCUUCUGGAAACGUACCGCCGGUCCUCAUAUUAGCAAUAUGUGCGAUAUCAGCGCGUUUCUCAACCCACCCGCAACUCCGGACGGAGCCAUGCUUUUUGCGCGGUGAGAUUUGGGCCGAGCGUGCUAGAGAGAUUGCCCUGAAACGGUACGACGCCCCUAAUAUCAUCAUCCUCAUAGUUUACCUGCUCCUCGGUCUCCAUGAGUUCGGCACAUGUCAGGGCGGUCGGAGUUGGAUGUUCGGCGGUAUGGCUCAGCGAAUGGCAUAUGCACUGCAACUACACAAAGAGCUGGAAUACGAUCCUGGCGUCGGCGAAGCCGAAAGAAAACCAUUCAGUUUGACAGACCGAGAGAUUCGGCGACGGACCAUGUGGUCAUGCUUCCUCAUGGACCGCUUCAACUCCUCCGGCACGGACCGACCGCUUUUCGUGAACGAGCAAUAUAUCGAGGUGCAACUUCCCGUCAAGGAGCACCUAUACAUACAUGAAAUUCAGGCCCCCACGGAAAAUUUGGAUGGUAACGUCCCGAAUCCAGUAUCCCCAGACAGCGGUCAGCUAUCUAAUCCGCGAGACAACAUGGGCGUCACGGCGUACACCAUCCGACUCGUGUGCAUAUGGGGCAAGCUCAUCAAGUACAUGAAUUUGGGCGGCAAGGAGCGCGAGUCGGAGCCGAUGUGGUCGCCUAAGUCGACGUUCCACAGCAUCAAGAAGGAGGCCAAGGACUUCAAAGAGUCGCUUCCGGAAAUGCUCGUCUACAGCCCCGAAAACCUCAAGAGCCAUGCGAUUGGCAAGACGGCGAAUCAGUACUUAUACCUUCACAUUCUCUACCAACAGAUCAUCCUCUUCAUGCACCGAUUCUCCCUUCCGUCGCGGGCAGGUAGCCGCCCUCCGAAAGACAUGCCGCACGACUUCCUCACCGAAUCCGCACGGACCGCGCUAGAUGCCGCAAACCAGAUCUCGCUCCUGAUAAACGAGGCUCUAGAUCAUAAUGUCGUCGCGCCCUUCGCCGGGUACUCCGCCUUCUUCUCUUCCACCGUCCACGUCCACGGCGUCUUCUCCAAGAAUCCCAAGCUCGAAGCGCAGUCGAAAAACAAGAUGAAGAAGUACUGGGGCAUGUUCCACUACAUUGCAGAGAACCUGAAGGAGCUCUACCGGCAGCAUGCGGACGCGCAACUGCGAGGGCCAAACGUGGCUGGCGACAAAGGCAAAGCCGUGAUCUUCCAGUACGGUGACUGGUUCGACCGCUACCCGCACGGCGUCUCAAAGACAGACUACGAAGACGCAGCCGAAUCAAACGCCAACGAACCCGGCACUGACGCCGUUCUCGGCCAAAAGAGCGACCUCCAGAGUGUGGAGGAAUUCUUUGCCUCCCUUUCCCCGCCCUCUCGCGCGGAACAACAGCGCAAGCAAGCCCGCAAGAACAAAUCGAAAUCCGUCUCCAAAUCCGACGCUCCCGCAAACCACCCCGGCGGUUCUUCCACACAAGCACAACAGCACGCGCAGCAGAUGCACCCCGGCCAACUCCAUCAACAGCUCGGCCAGAUCAAUAUCAAUCCGCAGGAAGCCAUGGACGCUUUCGACCCCGCGUACUUCGCCCAAGCAAACGCCACACCGCAGCAGCAAUUUAUACCGGACUUCCACAACCCAGGCCACGGCCACGGCGGCCUACCUAUGCUCAACACCUCCCCGACGACGAUGAUCCACCCCGGCCAGCAAAUGGACAUGUCGCCCUUCCCCGAUCUCUCGGGGCACCCCAGCAACGCCGCCUUCUGGAUGGAUCCCACCGGCCUAAGCGGGAACGGGUUCUUCGAUCCAGGGAACGCAGGCUGGUUCUUACCGUUUAACGUGGAGCCGCCUACGCUUGGUGACGACGGUGGAAUUUUCGGCGCGGAGGCGUUUAACUUUGGGCUUGGGGUGGGCACGUCGGUGGAUCUGGCCGGGCUGAACGGACAUCAUGGACCUCGGCAGAGCUAUGUAGACAAGACCCAGAACCAGAACCAGAUGAAGAAGCCAAAGACCGAACCAGAAGAGAACCCAUCAGGUGCUGCUAGGGGAGGAAUAAUCUCAGGCUAA